AGCGGCACGUUUGUUUUGUUUUUUUUCUUCUGUUUUUGCCGUCAUAAACUUUCUUCAACUUGUUAAUACUUGAUAUUCAAAAUAAUCGAACGGAAAGGCGAAUUUACUUUUCAAACAUCGAUCAACAAUAACAAUAAUAAGCCGGAAUAGAUAAACGGCAAGAAUUUGUUUCAAAUUAAAAAUCUUAACCGAUGAUUCAGACAGCAUAUGUUUACCCUUAUUGGUAGAAGAUUAACUUACUCCCAUCAUUUUAUGUGAUAAAUAUUAAUUCGUCUCAACUAAAUUAUGCUUUCCUUGGAUCAGCAAAUGAAAAAAAAAAUAAUAUAUACAUAAUUAAGGUCCAUUUAUUAUCCAAUUCACAGAUAUUCAAUCCAUAAGAAUUAUAAAAAUUUUGAAUAUUUGGUUAAGAUGUCGAAAUUACCCUCUCCUCCAUUUUUUGUUUUAAGAGGCCAUAGUGGAUGUGUUACCGCAUUACAUUUUACUGAUGAAAUCGACAAUGCAUUAACAUCUCAACCUACUUUAAUUUCAGGAAGCCAAACUGGAGAAAUUUUUGUAUGGAAUCUUAAAGUAAACACUUUUACCUUUAGAACACAAUAUAAAUUUGAAGGUCAUAGUAAAACUUCAAUUUUGUACCUUAAUUAUUAUAAAAGCUCACUUAUAAGUCAUGGGAGAGAUGGGAUUCUGAAUGUCUGGAAGUUCUUAAAUGAGCAGUGGACAAUUACAAGACAGUUUCAAUCACCAAAUGUGGGAUUUUGUGCUUCAAUAUUUUAUUUUGCAAACAAUGAGCCACAUGUUGUUUUAUUCAAUGAUGAGACACAUACAGUAGGAAUUUACAACUAUGAAAAUGUAACUAAGGAAAGAACACUGAAAAUAAAAGAUGUUGGAAUGUGCAUGUGCAUGAAAGCUAUUCAUUUAAAGGAAAAGGCUUUUCUUUUGAUUGGCUAUGAAAGCGGACAGAUUGGAUUAUGGGAUUGUGAAUCAGAUAAUGAAGUUUCUCAGUUAAAGCUCCACAACGAACCAAUAAUGUGUUUAGAUUAUGAUACGCAGCAUAAAAAGAAAGGUAUUAGUGGAUCUGUAGAAAAGGUAAUAAAAACUUGGACAAUACAGGAAGAUUUCACUUUAAUUAAAGUGCAGGAAGUUAUGUUAAAUAAUGAUGGAAUCAUUGCUGUUAAGAUAAGAGAGGAUGGUAAAAUUUUGAUUACUGGUGGAAGUGAUUCUAACAUAAGAAUAUUUAGUUGGAAGAGUUUAAAAUUGUUAGCUAUUUUAGACUUCCAUGAGUUUUCAAUAUACUGUUUAUCUUGUUGUUCUUUUCCUGUAGGUAAACAAACAUCUAUUUUUGCUUCAGGGUCAAAAGACAAACGCAUUGCUCUUUGGUCCAUUUAUUAAUAAGCAGAAGAAAUUUGGACAAAAUAAUGGUUUCUGGGAAAGAUAUUAAAAAUAAAGUUUUUCAAAAAUGAAUAAUGUGUGAAAAAUUAAUUUCAUGUUAGUGAUGUAUUUUAUUGUUAACAAAUACUAUUUAACAUUAAUAAUUGAGCUUAUGUAGAAAUAUAUUUGGUGUUCACAUCUCAAUGAAAUAGACAAGCAAUAUUUAAUAAUUUUUAUAGAACUUUAUUGUAAUAUACUGACGCUAUGCUUAUGGGUGU